ACAGUAACGUCUCAUCAAUGAGGUGCCCACAUUUCAUGGAAACGAAAAGUAAAAGCUUGGACGCCUAAGUCUAGAAAGCACCACACUGAAAUAUUUACCGCCUCGUUAGAUUUCUUUAUUUCUGCUGAGUGCCAAUUAACUUUUCCUUUGGAAGGUUCGACGAAAAGAAACCCAAUGGUGUCACAUUUUUUUCUGGGUUGCUGGACACACCUGCAGUGUAAAUCAAUGAAUUGAAGACUCAAGCAGCAAAAGUGCAGCUAGAGAUCUGGUUUCAGAAACUGGGAUUUAUAACAUGCAUAAAAAUUAGUACCCAAACUACUAGGGUGGAAGAAAGAAGUGGAUAAAUUCAAACACCUCCAGUCUAUGCAUUGUGGAUCAGAAAAAUGGAACCAUCACCAAAGGCAGUGAGCGGAGUUGUUCACAUCUACAAUAAGCAGUGUUGAAGUUGCCACUCCCAGUCUUGUUCUUCAUUUAUUAUUUCAUAUAUACUUUUAUCACCAACACCUCUCUGUAUAAAUAAAGAUCACAAUGGAAAAUGUGAUAAUAAGGGAGGCAAGGAGAGAAGACUGCAAGGAACUUAGAAGAUUGAUACAGGAGCUUGCUGACUUUGAACAGAUGCCAGAUGACUGCAAGUUGACAGUAGAGGGGCUGGAGCGUGAUGGCUUUGAUGCAGUGCCACCACUGUUUCACUGUUAUGUUGCAGAAGUCAAUUCAAUCAUGAAGGAUAUGAGUGCAACCAAAGAAGAAAAUGUUUCAGAUGUAUUGAAAAUGGGAGACAGCUGUGCAAAGCUUAUUGGACAUGCUUUGUAUUUCUUUUCCUAUUCCUCUCAAAGGGGACGUACAAUUUACUUAGAGGAUAUUUAUGUUACACCUGAGUACAGGGGAUCAAAGCUUGGUUCAGCUCUUUUUGAUAAGGUGGCAAAGAAAGGAAUUGAGACUGGAUGUGUUCAAAUGGACCUUGUUGUACUCAAUUGGAAUCCAGCUCAAAUAUUUUACAAACGAAAAGGAGCAACUGACAUCACUUCUGAGAAAAACUUCAAUUACUACAGUAUUGACAGACCUGCUAUGGAGCACCUGCUUGCCUACAAGUACAAACUUAGACUAGGGGACACAAAAUCUGUUAAUUUGUGAAGUCACUGUUAUUAGUAGCUGUUCUUAUUAAUUUCUUAAGUGAUUAAUUUUCAGUGUGGAUGAAAAUCAGGACUGUUAUUAAAAAGUAAAGAAAGGUUCUUUGUAAUUCUGCAUGUUAUUUACUUUCUUAAAGUAACUUACAAAGAAAAAAUAUUUUCAUGAAAUACUCUGUUUGUUCAGUUGUGUUCCAUUAGUCUUGUUAGAUUCUUGUAAAGUACUUUUAUUAAUAUUAACAGUGAGGUAUUAUACUACAAUGCUAAAUAAGAAUUUACUUGAUCAAAAGAUUAAAUAAAUAAUCAGUAAAAAA